UAUUUUUUUUUUUCUUUUUCAAAGGUUAGAGCAAAGGUCACGUCAUCCUCUUGUGUGAGUUGGGGGUUUUGUCUGGUCUUUUUUCCCCUUUUUUUUGUUUGUUUUUGCUGUCAAUUUGUGCAUUUGAGUGAAGUGACUGUUUCUCUCUUUGGAGAAAGACUUUUUCUCUGUGCUUGCUCUACCUGAAGUUGUAGAGUCAGCAAGCUCUUCCUCAAAUGAACAGAGAGGGGCCUGUGUCGAAGCUGAAGGGGGAGAGGGUUAGAUGGAGUUGAGCUUGCGUGUGUGUGUGUGUGUGUGUGUGUUGAGAGGUUGAGACCUAGAUGGUGAUUGAUGGGAUGGGGGUGAUUGUUUGAUUGGGAUAGGAUUGAGCAAACGUGAUGUGAUGAAGAGGGGAACCCACCAAGGCACAAUGUGUUUUUGUAACUCUGAGAGGCACAGACAGGAUGAGGUCAAAACUGUGUCAGUCACACACACACACACACACACACACACACACACAGACACACACACACACACAGACACACACACCCACCCAGUACUGGUGGCACGUCAUGAGUGCGGCCCUCUAUGCAGAAUAGGUGACUGGAAGAGAUUAACAACAAAUCAUUCAAUGCUUCAAAUCAUGCUUCCUCUUAAACUGUUCCAGUUGCUAUUCUUUUUUUUUUAUUGAAAAGAUGAAGUUGAAAAUGAGAGUUUGGGGACGCAUCUUUCCUUUUCUUGACCGCAGAACAGUGUUGAUAGUUUCUUUCUGCAUUUAAGGUGAAUUCAAGCAGUCUUAGACAAGGAUAGAUACAAUGAUAAACACAGAUUGGUUUGGGUUUCUGUUGGUGACAUGCUAUAUCUAUGUGACAGUAGAUCAUGUUGAUCAUAAUUCAUUUCAAGUAUUUUGCAAAUCUAUCUACUGAGACCUGAUUCACUUCUUCUUUUCCACUUUAAUGGCCAAGGGUAAGACUGGACUGACUUGUAUUCCCCUCUCUCCUCCUCUCCCUCUCUCCUCCUCUCCUUCAGAAGUGGCGGAGCUGGAGCUGGACCUGGACCUGGACGAGGGACCGCUGCGGCCGAUGCUCUGUUGCCCUGACGACCUGCAGCCACUCUCGCCACUCUUCCAGCGCUCCGUGUCCGAGGACUCGGCCGGCUCGUCAGCCUCGGCCUCUGACAACGCCAAAACAAGUGAGAGGUUGUGUGCCUUCUGCUAUUGUGGGGAGAGGAGUCUGUUAGGCCAGGGCGAGCUGAAGCUGUUCGGGCCGACGCCAGGCUACGUGCCGCUGCACAUCCGCAACCGUCACGGCAGCUCGGAGAAAGAUGACGACUACCACGAUGAUGAAAACGACUUUGACGACAACGACCACAACCGGAGCCCUGGCCAGCAGGGGAGUGGUCUGAAAAAGAUUAGCUCGCCCGACAGCGGCCUGCACUCGUCCUCGGCACCCGGCAGCUCGGACCCGUUUGGAGAGGAGCCGACGCGGCGGCUCUGGGACGAGCUGGGCCAGAUGGGUCUCCCUGACGACAUCAACAUCCAGUCGCUCUUCGACCCCACCGGCCAGUGUUGUGCCCACCUGCGUUGUGCAGCCUGGUCGGAUGGUGUGUGUCGCACAGAAGGUCAGGUGCUACUGUACGUGGACAAAGCAAUAGACUCAGGGAGCACAGAGUUCUGUGCAUACUGUAAGCGCCUUGGAGCCUCCAUUAAGUGCUGUGAGGGCGGCUGCUGCCGCUCCUACCAUUUCCCCUGUGCCGCCGCCGCCGGAACCUUCCAGGACAGCAGGACAUUCACACUGCUCUGUCCCGACCACCUCGAACAGGCCCUGCACAGAUCUAAAGAUGAGGUGAAAUGCCUGGUGUGUGACAGCUCGGGGGACCUGCAUGACCAGCUCUUCUGUAGCUCGUGCGGGCAGCAUUACCACGGGGCCUGCCUGGAGGUGGCAAUCACGGCCCUGAAGCGCGCCGGCUGGCAGUGCCCCGAGUGCAAGGUCUGCCUGGCCUGCAGAAACCCAGGGGAUGACAACAAGAUGCUGGUGUGCGACCUGUGCGACAAAGGCUAUCACACAUACUGCUUGCAGCCGGUCAUGGAUGCCAUUCCCACGGGUGGCUGGAGGUGUCAGAACUGUCGGGUGUGUGCUCAGUGUGGCACUAAAGCAAGCGGUCAGUGGUCGUCCAACGGGCUGCUCUGUGACGAUUGCCAACGGCAACCGGACCCAGCCAAUCCCUGCCCCCUCUGUGGGAGGAGCUUAGCUGCUGAAGCCCCCAAGGACCUGCUUACCUGCCACACCUGCAAGAGAUGGGUUCACCUGGAGUGUGAGCGACAGGGGAAGGAGGCCGACUGGGAUCCGCGCUCGCAAGGCAGCUUCCUCUGCUCCGUCUGCAGGCAGGGGGAGGGGGAGGCGGAGGUAGAGGCAGAGGGUAGCCAGACACAGGACAGCACCCCACGGCACCCCCUCUCACCCCUGCCCAGCGACCCAAACGCCUCAGAUGUCUUCAUGGCGGUGGAUGAUGAGGAGAAAGCGGAACUGGAGACGGAGGAGCAAGAAGCCACAGAGACGGAGAAGGAGGCCGAGGAUCCCCAAGAGGAGCAGAAGGUUGAUCCACAUCUGCCUGUAGAGGAGCAGGAGGAGCACCAGCAGGAGAAGGAGGCGCUGUCGCAGGAGGCGCUGUCGCAGGAGGCGCUGUCGCAGGAGGCGCAGUCGCAGGAGGCGCAGUCGCAGGAGGCGCAGUCGCAGGAGGCGCAGUCGCAGGAGGCGCAGUCGCAGGAGGCGCAGUCGCAGGAGGCGCUGUCGCAGGAGGCGCACGAGGCGCUGUCGCAGGAGGCGCACGAGGCGCUGUCGCAGGAGGCGCACGAGGCGCUGUCGCAGGAGGCGCACGAGGCGCUGUCGCAGGAGGCGCACGAGGCGCUGUCGCAGGAGGCGCACGAGGCGCUGUCGCAGGAGGCGCUGUCGCAGGAGGAGCUGUCGCAGGAGGAGCUGUCGCAGAAGGAGCUGCCGCCGCAGGAGGAGCAGCCGCAAGAGGAGCUGCUGCAAGAGGAGCUGCUGCAGGAGGAGCAGGAGCAGCAGGAGGAGCAGCAGGAGCAGCAGCCGCAGGAGGAGCUGCUGCUGCAGGAGGAGCAAGAGCAGCAGCAUGAAGAGAAGGCGGAGGAGAUGGAGGAGGAUGAGGUAGCAAACGACCCGGAGCAGCCAAAGGAAGAGGUGGAGGAGAAGGAGCAGGCCACAGAGGAGACUCAGCAGGACCUGGAGGAGUCAACAGUCACAGAAGAGCCCGAGGAGACGCCUGAUGAGACACCUGAGGAGAAGCCAGAGGAGGAGCUGACGGUGAAGGAGUGUGAGCAAGAGGCUGAGGAGGAGGAGGAGGAGCAGGAGGUCACACUGGAGCAGGAGGCUAGUGCCAGCCCCACGCCAGAGGACCUGCAGGAGGAGAAGAAAGAGUCUCCAUCAGCUGAACCUGCUCAGGAGAUCCAGGUGACGGUCACUCUGACCGAAGGUGCCGAGUCCCUUCAGCACUCCUCGUCCCUCGUAGGAGUGUCAUCUCUCUCGCAGGCCCCUGCCUCUAUGGAUAACUCCCCUCAGGACCCCGAUGUCCCAGAUGCUGCCAUGGAGACGGAGAAGGAGGUGGCUGAACUAGUGCCUGAAAUAGAGGAGGAGAUGGAGGCUGAGCAGCAAGCGGAAAGUCCUUCAAAGGUGCACCUCUCGUCGCCCAGCAAGGAGAUGCCCUCUCCUGGGCCAAUCGUAGCAGCUGAGGGCGACUCCAUGGAGGUGAGUCCCUCAGAACCAUCUGUCACUGAUGACCUAGGCGAGGACAAUGUUUUGGAACCUUCUCCUGGAGUUCAGGAUGUGGCCAGUGACCAGCCCGAGGACAAUAUGGCUGAAGACAAUCAGGAAGAGGAGGAGAGGGAAGAGGAAGAGGAAGACAAGACGGAGCUGCUGAGUGUGCUGCCUGACCUGGACUUCAUCCCUUCCCAGGACCAGGACACCAGCCCCACGGUGGACCAGGACACCAGCCCCACGCUGGACCAGUGCACCAGCCCCACACUGGACCAGGACCAGGAGACCAGCCCCACGGUGGACCAGGACACCAGCCCCACGGUGGACCAGGAUCAGGACACCAGCCCCACGGUGGACCAGGAUCAGGACACCAGCCCCACGGUGGACCAGGACACCAGCACCACACUGGACCAGGACACCAGCCCCACGGUGGACCAGGACACCAGCCCCACACUGGAGAUGGACCAGGACACCAGCCCCACGGUGGACCAGGACACCAGCCCCACACUGGAGAUGGACCAGGACACCAGCCCCACACUGGAGAUGGACCAGGACACCAGCCCCACGGUGGACCAGGACACCAGCCCAACGCUGGACCUGGACCAGGACACCAGCCCCACGCUAGACCAGGACACCAGCCUAACGCUGGACCUGGACCAGGACACCAGCCCCACACUGGACCAGGAUCAGGACACCAGCCCCACACUGGACCAGGAUCAGGACACCAGCCCCACGGUGGAUAUGGACACCACUCCUGCAAGCGAGAACAGCUUCUCAGGCUUCAGCUCGCCGUUCGGGGAGGACAAAGGCUUCAAGUUCUCUCCCGGGUUGUCAUCAGAAGGGUCAGCCCUGCUGGCUUGCUCCCCCUUCUCCACUGAGGCCUCCCCCAGAGAGGGCUCUCUAACACCCGCACACAGCACGUCCACACAACCCCCCACCACCACAUUUAUCCCACUCAUCCCCAAGAUCGGCAUGGGCAAGCCAGCCAUCUCCAAGAGGAAGUUCUCACCAGGGAGACCAAGAGUGAAACAGGGUGCGUGGAGUAACCGUAGCGCAGUGCGCUCCCCCUCCUGGUCCCCCGAGUAUGGGGAGUGCGGGGAUGGGCCCAGGACCAGGCAGCUCCAGGGCACGCCCAUCUGGACCAUGAGAGUGGGUCGGGGCUCAGGGUUCCCCGGGAGGCGGCGGCCCAGGGGGGCCAACCUGUCCGGCCGAGGGGGACGAGGACGCUCCAGACUCAAGGCCGACAGCAUCCCCGCAGUCACCCCUGGGGUGAGUGUUGUGGAGCUGCCCUUCGUGCCGAAGGAGGAAGAGGAGAACACCAUGCACAACACUGUGGUCAUGUUCUCCAGUUCAGACAGCUUCACACUCAAACAAGACAUGUGUGUGGUGUGUGGCAGCUUUGGACAGGGAGAAGAGGGCCGAUUGCUGGCCUGCUCUCAGUGUGGCCAGUGCUACCACCCCUUCUGCGUCAACAUCAAGAUCACUAAAGUGGUGUUGAGUAAAGGCUGGCGCUGCUUGGAGUGCACCGUGUGCGAGGCGUGUGGGCAGGCCACCGAUCCCGGGCGUCUGCUGCUAUGCGAUGAUUGUGACAUCAGCUACCACACCUACUGCCUGGACCCGCCCCUACAGAAUGUGCCCAAGGGCAGCUGGAAGUGCAAGUGGUGUGUGUCGUGCACGCAGUGUGGGGCCACGUCUCCGGGCGUGCGCUGCGAGUGGCAGUGUAACUACACGCAGUGCGGCCCCUGCGCCAGUCUGGCCGUGUGCCCGGUGUGUGUGCGCAGCUACCGCGAGGACGACCUCAUUCUGCAGUGCCGCCUCUGUGACAGAUGGGUCCACGCCUUGUGUCAAGGCUUGAACACAGACGAGGAGGUGGAGAGUGUGGCGGACGACGGCUUCGACUGCUCCAUGUGUCGCCUGCACAUGCCUGGCCAGGGUGGCGUGACCGUGACACUCAGUGAUCGGAGCGAGUCUCCCAUAGUGGCACAGAUCAUCACCAAAGUGAAGGAGCCAGUGGAGUACCAGAAGACUUACACGCAGGACGGUGUGUGUCUGACCGAGUCGGGUCUGAGCCAGCUGCAGGCGCUCUCGGCCCCGGCCCAGCGGCGGCGCCGACCCAAGCCCAAACUCAAGCUCAAGAUCAUCAACCAGAACAGCGUGGCCGUGCUGCAGACCCCACCGGACCUCCUGUCGGAGCUGUCCCGCGACGGGGACCUCGACGACAGCCGAGAGGGUGACCUGCUCCUGGACUGCGAGGGCAAGUCUGACUCUAGUCCAGAGCGAGAGCCCACUGAGGCCGAUGCCAAGGGGGAGGAGGGCGCCGACGGCAACAAGAAGAGGAAGAGGAAGCCCUAUCGGCCAGGUAUCGGCGGGUUUAUGGUCCGUCAGAGGAGCCGAACGGGCCAAGGGAAAACCAAACGAUCCCUGAGCAGGAAGGACUCAUCUGGCUCGCUCAACGACAACCCUUUGGGGAAGGAGGACGGCUGGAAUGAGCCCGACACACCUGUGGAUGAGGCGCUGCCCCCUUCAGAGACCCCGGAGAAGAAGAAGAAGUACAGGAGGAAGAAAACCCAGCUGGAGGAGGCGUUCCCCUCCUAUCUCCAGGAGGCCUUCUUUGGGAAGGAUCUGCUGGACAAGAGCAAGCAGAACAGACGGGUUCUGGAGCCGGGGCUGGUGGACCCUGAUCAUGGUACCAUCCUCGCCGAGACCAAACACCCCAGCGCCACCAGCAGCUUCCUGGACCCCUCCUCUGACCCCCUGCUCAGCACCACGGCAACCGGCAACACCACGCCCGGCUCCACCAAGACCCGCACACUGCCCCAGGUAGGGGAGGAUCCGCUAGCGGACCUGGUGCUGGGCUCCGACGACGACCUGCUGGGGAUGCUCUCAGAGAACCUGGUGAAGCCAGGCCAGGACACAGGUCUUGAUUUCUGCCCUUUCCAGGUUGACCGCUCUUCCUCCCCGUUCGCUGGUCUGGACAUUGGGGGUCUCUCGGACGACCCCUCGGCCACCGGCCACCCCUCAGGCCACACCCGUGGCUCCCGUCCUCUACAGGAAGAGCCUCUGGAUGCCAUCCUGAGUCCAGAGCUGGACAAGAUGGUGACGGACGGGGCUAUUCUCAGCAAGCUCUACAAAAUUCCAGAGCUGGAGGGGAAGGACGUGGAGGAUCUCUUCACUGCCGUGCUGAGCCCCACCACAAGCCAGCCGCCUCUCCCCCAUCUUCCACUACCUAACUCCAUCCCCAGUGCCUCGGGUCCAGGAAUGCCUCUGCAGAACUCAGACAGAGGAAUGUUUCCUCGCAUGCCCAUGAUGAACGGCAUGAUGGGACCCAAUCCCGUCUUCCCGCAAACUCCCAUGAUGCCUGCCGUGCCGGGUCCCUGUGGCCAGGGCAACUUCUCCCCUCUCCACAGGAUGCCCUUCCCCGACACCAUGAGGGAGAAAAACUUUGGCCAGAUGGGAGGAGACAUGGCGGGCCCGUGGCCCCCUGGGGUCCCUGGAGCUGUUCCGGGCCCCAUGGCCCCCCCGGAGCCCGAGGCCGACACCAUGUCCAACGCCCAGAGGAGCACGCUCAAGUGGGAGAAGGAGGAGACCCUGGGGGAGAUGGCCACCGUUGCCCCCGUCCUCUACACCAACAUGAACUUCCCCAACUUGCGAGAGGAGUUUCCAGACUGGGCAACGCGAGUCAAACAGAUUGCAAAGCUCUGGAGGAAGGCGAGUUCUCAGGAGAGGCUGCCCUAUGUGCAAAAGGCCAGAGACAACCGGGCAGCACUCCGCAUAAACAAAGUCCAGCUGUCCAACGACACCCUGAAGAGACAGCAGCAGCAGGUGCCUGACCCCUUUGACCCCUCAGUCCCCAUGGAAACCGAGGCCCUCUUCAAAGACCCGCUCAAGCACAAGGAGUCCGAGCAUGAACAGGAGUGGAAGUUCCGACAGGGAGAGGUAAAUCACAUGAGGGGACCCCUUAAGAAGCAACAGGAAAAGGUCCCAAAAAGCAAAGCCAUAAAAUCAACAAAUAAAGACGUCCUUUUUGGACAUUCCAACCAGGCAACUAUAGCUGCAGGAAGUGGAAAAAAUUCUCUGCAAAUGAGACAAAAGAGCAAACAGCAGGCGAAGAUCGAAGCCACUCAGAAGCUGGAGCAAGUUAAAAAUGAGCAACAGCAGCUUCAGCAACAGCAACAGCAGCAACAUCAGCAGAAUUUAAGCAGCGGUGGAGACUCUCCCAACAGUGGCAACCAGAGCCCCAGAACCCCCCAGCCCAGUAGUGGAGGGAAUGUCUCCCCACUGCAGCCUAAAGACGGAGGCUUCGCUCGGCCGCAGCUGCCCGGCACACCCACCUCCAUGUCCGACGACGUUUUCCUGCGGCCGCAGCUCCCUCCGCCAUCCUCUUCUUCCUCCUCCAUAGGCAAGGAGAUGGCCUACCCCCAGGGCCCGGCCUCUCAGCCCCAGUCCCCGCAGAUGUUCUCCCCUGGGGGUUCGUCCACGGGCUCCAGGCCCACCUCGCCCUGGGACCCCUACAGUAAAAUGGUGGGCACCCCUCGGCCGCCUUCGUCGGGCUCUAGCACCCCUCGCCGGGGCUCGGACGUACAGGAGAGGGGUCGGCCAUCCCCGGCCCACGAUGGCUUCGGCUCGCCCACGUCAGCAGCCGACCCCUACGCCAAGCCCCCUGACACCCCAAGGCCUGCCGACCCGUUUGUGAAGCCUAUGGGCCCCCCCAGGAUGGGGAUGGGGGUUGAUUUCCAGCAGCAGCAGCAGCAGCAGCAGCAACAGCCACAGCAGGGCCUGGGCAGGCACAUGAUGGGGCUCAACCCCUCUGGAGACCCCUUCGCCCGGCCUAAUCAGAGGGCGGAGGCAUACCAGCGCAUGGCCCACAGCCGCAUGGUCCUCUCCGACCCGUAUGCACGCCCGCUGCUUGCUCCCAUCCCUGGCAGUAAUGAGUCGGGCUCUGUGCCUCUCUUCAAGGCCCCCAUGCCCCCAGGGCAUCAGCAGCAGCAGCUGGAUCCCUUCAGCGCCAUGCCCCCUCAAGUGCUUCGCCGGGGGUCCAUGGACGUUUACGAGAGGCCGCCUCUGACCCCCAGGCCGGUAGACGGCUUUCAGCAGGGCCAACAGUCAGACCCGUACGCCCACCAGCCCUUGACACCUCACCCGUCUAUGGGAGCUGAUGGCUUCGGCAACAAGCCCCGAAUGAUGCGCCAGCAGCAUGGCGGCCAUUUCCCCAUUCCCAGGCACCCCCACAGGGAUCCAUACGCACAGGCACCCUCGACCCCCAGACCUGACUACUCCCAGCAGAUGUCUGACCCCUACGCCCAGCCACCAGGCACCCCACGACCUUCGUCUGACCCCUACGCCCAGCCACCAGGCACCCCACGACCUUCGUCUGACCCCUAUGCCCAGCCACCAGGCACCCCACGACCUUCGUCUGACCCUUAUGCCCAGCCACCAGGCACCCCACGACCCUCGUCUGACCCUUAUGCCCAACCACCAGGUACCCCACGACCUUCGUCUGACCCUUAUGCCCAGCCUCCAGGCACCCCACGGCCCUCUGCAGACCCGUAUGCUCAGGCGAUCAGCCGCAGACAAUCACCCUCCCAUGUCAUGGACCCAUACGCUCAGAUGCCCGGCACACCUCGGCCUGCACCAGCAGAGAGGUACCCCAAAUCCCCAGGGGCUCAGAGAGGUGCAGACCCCUACGCCCAACCACCAGGAACGCCCAGACCCCUGAGCAAGCCAGACCCAUACGACCAGUCGCCCGGCACGCCCAGACCGGUUCUGAUGGACCCAUACUCCCUGGCUCCCGGGACCCCAAGAACAGCACCAAGCCCAGGGUCUAGACCAGGCUCCAUGCCCCAUCCCGGUGACCUGUUCUCCCAUCAGGGUCAGGGAAGGAUGCCAGACGCGUUUGCCAGAGCCCACGGGUCACAGACACCUAAGCACCCAGGGAUGUGUGACGAUGGCUUCUCCUUGCCUCCAACUCCUCAUCCUAGCCACACUCCUGUUCAUGAUCCGUUCGAACAGGCUCCCAUGACCCCUUGCCCUCAGGUUGGAGACAGACCAGUGCAUGGUGUCCCGCAUCCGCCCAGUCCAGCAGACAUCCAGGGAGUCAUGCAUCCCCAAAUGGGAGACACAGACGACAAGACAAAACGCCAGAUACUGCGUCAGCUGAUCUUGAGGCAGCAGCAGAGGAAAGGCCAGCUGGAAGUGCCCUCCGCCGCCACUGUGGCCGCUAUGGCCAGUGCCCCCGGAACACCCCGCCCCUGGCCGCAGGAAGACUCCUCAGCACAGCCAGACAUUUUUGGCAGGCCCCCUCCUCCGUACCCAGGCACCAUGAGGGGCCCCCCGAGGUUCCCGGGGCAGUAUGUGGGGGAGCAGCAGGGGCCGUUUCCCCAUGACGGUCAGAUGCCCCGACAACCAUUCCCCAGAGAUAUGGUUGCCAUGGGGAUGAGGCCGCAGGGCCAGAGGUUUGGAUUUCCUCCCGGGGCGCAAGGACAGGAGCCAUUUAUGAGGCCCCCACAUCAGAUGCCAGGCGGGCCCAUGGCUCCUGAAAAUAUGCCCCCUCAAAUGCGGCGCUCCAUAUCCAUCGACCUUGCCCGACCCAUGGGGGGCAAUCCCCAGAUGGGGCUCCCUCAGCACUUCCCCCCGCGAGCUCUACCCAUGCAGCAGCACAACAUCAUGGGCCAGCCCUUCAUCGAGCUCCGACACCGGGCCCCCGAGAACCGUAUGAGGCUCCCCUUCGGGUCCCUUGGUCCCUUGGACCACCAAAACCAGCCUGGCCAAAGGCUCCCCCAUGGUUUCAUGCCUGGCCAAGAGAUGGGCUUCGCUGGGCCCCAGGGCCAGAGAAUGAUUGAUCCAAUGCUGGGACAGCCUCAGCAAGGAGCGGUGGGUCCUAUGCUCAUGGGAACAAACAUGGACGUCAUGCAGCAGCAGGCUAACAUGCAUAUGAAUCUUGGCCAGCAGCACCACCCGCUAAACAGGUCCAUGAGUCAGCCAAUCCAGAGCGAGACACACCACACGCCUCAGCCUGCCCUCCUUCCAGUAGCUGGUCAGCCAGAGGAGCUUCCCCUUCCCACAGGGGAGGGCAUCGAAGAGAAGCUUGACACGGACGACUCGGCAGUGAAGGACCUUGAAGAUGUGGAGGUGAAGGACUUGGUGGACGACGACCUAGAGACACUCAACCUUGACGGGGAGGAUGGCCUCCACUUGGAUGACUUUUUGACAUCUGGGAAGUUUGACCUCAUCGCCUAUGCCGACCCAGAACUUGACCUUGACGACAAGAAGGACAUGUUCAAUGAGGAGCUGGAUCUGGCUGAUCCAAUUGAAGAUGACCACGGAGAGGCUUCAGACCUUCAGAAAGCCUUGUCUGAGAAAAGGAAUACCAACCCUGAUGGAGCAGCUGCCACAUCCUCAAUGUCUCAGCACACAGGCCAAACUGACAACCUCCAGAUGGCUGAUCAGGUCAAGAAAGAGGACUGUGCCAGGGAAGGCCUUGCUGGUCUUCACAGUGGCAAGACUAUUAAGACUGAAUUCAAUCCAUGCCUAGUAAACAAUCAGGACCAUAUCAAUAUCUGUGGACCUUCCAUGAACAGCAGUGGAAUCCGAGGGGAUCAUUCUGGCCUGUUUGCAGCGUCAGCUCAGCCUCCAGUUGACCCGCUCUCUGGUACUGCUCCGGUUCUCUCCAGUAUGCUCAUCAAGGAGAAGCUGGAGGACGCUGGCCUCGCUUUUACUCAGCAGUGUGCUCAGGCACCGGGCCUGCAGCAGAACAUGGCCUUGGUACCGGGCCACACUCUGGACCAUGGAAUGAACCCAUCCAUGGGUCUGGGCCACAGGGUCGACCCCAUGAUGCAGCCUGCCAAUCCCAAGCUGCCGGUCCCAGGGUUCGGUGGCCCCGCCGGACAACAGGUCGACCUACACAUGCCCAUGGUGGGCGGACAGCCUCCUGGUCCUCAUAGCCUGAGCCGGCAGAGUCAGCAGGGGAUGUUCCCUCUUGCAGGGAUGGGCCAGCAGCAGCAGCAGGGACUAUCUCCACUAUCUGCAGAACAACAACUAAACAGGCCUCUGCUCCUGGAAGAGCAACCGCUGCUGCUGCAAGACCUGCUGGACCAGGAGAGGCAGGAGCAGCAUCAGCAGAGGCAGAUGCAGGCCAUGAUUCGCCAGCGCUCCGACACAUUCUUCCCCAACGUCGACUUUGAUGCCAUCACGGAUCCCAUCAUGAAAGCCAAGAUGGUGGCACUGCAGGGCAUCAAUAAGGUCAUGGCACAGAACCCGAUUUCCAUGGGGCCUAUGGUGAUGAACAGGAUCCAGCAAAUUCCGAGAGCGCCUGGUCCAGAUGCAGCUGGUGGAUCUCAGCUCUUAUUUGGACAGGAUGGAAAAGUGGCCCAGCAGUUGGCCAGGCCUAAUCCUCCAAAUUUUGGCCCUGGAUUUGUCAAUGACACACAAAGGAAGCAGUAUGAGGAGUGGCUGCAGGAGACUCAGCAGCUCUUGCAAAUGCAGCAGAAGUUUCUGGAAGAGCAGAUCGCCGUCCACCGCAAGUCCAAGAAAGCUCUGUCAGCCAAGCAGCGCACGGCCAAGAAGGCGGGACGGGAGUUCCCCGAGGAUGACGCCGAACAACUCAAACACGUGACCGAGCAGCAGAGCAUGGUGCAGAAGCAGCUGGAACAGAUCCGCAAACAGCAGAAAGAGCAUGCCGAGCUCAUUGAAGAAUACAGAGUCAAACAGCAGCAGCACAGCCUCCAGCAUCCUAUGAUGUCUCCCAUGCCAGGGAUGCCACCCCAGGCCCCUGGCAUGAUGCCCGGCCCAGGACCUGGCCCUGGCCCCAGCCCCGGCCCCGUCCCCAUGAACCAGCCUAUGAUGGGCCCCAUGAUGGGGAUGCAGCCCCACCCUGGCCAGCCCAGCCCAGCCCAGCGCAUGCCCAACGUGCCCAACAUGUCCAACAUGCCUAAUGUGCCCAACAUGCCAGGCUGGCACCCUGGCCCUGGAGGACCCAUGGGUGGCAGUGGCGGCGGCCCUCGGAUGCCAGCUCACAUGCCCCCCCAGAUGCCCCCUGCCAACCCUGUCCAGCAGGUUCCCGUUCAGCCCCCUGCGCCCCCCAUGAUGCCAGGUGCAGGCAAGCCUACUCCAAUGGCCCCGGCAGGCAUAGGCGCUGGCGGAGGGGCCGGUGUGGGUGGUGGAGGCGCUGCCGCCGCCGCUGCCGCCGCUGCUGCUGCCGCCGCCGCUGCCCAUGGCGUGAAGUUCGACGACAACAACCCGUUCAGCGAAGGCUUCCAGGAGCGCGAGCGGCGGGAGCGUCUGCGCGAGCAGCAGGAGCGCCAGCGGGUGCAGCUCAUGCAGGAGGUGGAGCGCCAGCGCGCCCUGCAGAAGCACAUGGAGAUGGGCAUGGGGGCCGAGGCCUCGCCCGUACCCACCCCCGGGCCCAGAGAUGCCAGCCUGGCACAAAUGCCCUUCUUCAACAGCGAGCUGCCGCAGGACUUUCUGCAGCCUAGCCGGCCCGCUCCCCAACAGCAGCUGCAGCCACUAAUGGGGGGCAUGUUCCCCCAGGCCCAGCAGGCUGGUGUGGACUUCAGUGGUGCCGCUGGUCAGGGCUUCAUGCAGGGCAACCAGCAGAGGCCCGGACCAGAGAAUGGCGGGUUCAGCGCAGAUAUGGGCCCGAAUUUCCGGGGGAAGAACCCCAUGAUGGCCGGGCAGGGCUUCCAACAGGGCCAGCCCCGGCCCACGGGUUUCGCUGGACCCCCAGGCAGCAGCCACCCCCAAACUCCCGGAGAUGGGUCCGCUUUUGGGAUGGAUUCGCCCUCCACGCCCCUGCCCCCAAACUACCCUGGCUCGGGGCAGUCGCUCAUCCAGCUUUACUCCAACAUCAUCCCGGAGGAGAAGGGCAAGAAGAAACGCAACCGGAAGAAAAAGAGCGCAAAGGACGACGAUGCCGAGUCGGCCCGGAUGCCUUCCACCCCGCUCUCGGACCCUCUCACCCCCUGCAUGUCCGACACCCCUUCCACCCCUACCCGCGCCUCCGCACUGGCAGGGGACCCUGACCUGUCCUCUGACCCGCUCGCCCUCAACGCUCCUGGGGCUGCCUUCUCUGGCCUGGCCCCUGCCUCGGAGCUGGAGCGCCAGCUGUCAUCUGUCGGAGGAGGAGUGGGAGGCCACAGCGGCCCCUCUCUGCCAAGUCGCCAGGGCAGCGGGGGCUCAGAGGCCAUGGAGAAGCAUGUAGGGCAGCUGCACGAGGUGAAGCUGGAGAAGCUGGAGGCCAGCGAGUGUCACGGCCCAGGGGGGGCCUCUAUGGGGGAGCCCCACAGGAGGGUCAAACAGGAAGAGCUGGGCCAGGAAGGCGCCUCGUCCUGCUUGGGGGAGGGACAGACCUGCAAAGGAAACGAUGCGACAAGCAAUGAGCUAUUGAAGCACCUGCUGAAGAACAAGAACGCCCCUCACCUGGCCGCGGCCCCCCAACACCAGGCCCUCGCUCUGCACCACUCCACCUCCGUGGACAGCCUGCGCUCGGAAGAUGACGCGCCAGCCGAGAACAAGACCAUGCUCAAACUGGGAGCUCAGACGGUGAAGCCCGAGCUGCUGGAAGCUUCCGGGCCAGAACCGGGAAAGCGCAAGCAGCAGCGCUACAAGCGCGGGCCCAAGACCGGCAUGGAGAAGCCGCCGUCCCGCUACAAGAAGAGGAAGAAGGAGGAAGAGGAGCGGCAGAGUGUCUACUCCAGCACCGACUCGCUCAUGAGCCAGCUCAAACAGCAGCUGUCCAUGCUUCCCCUCAUGGAGCCUCUCAUCGGCGUGAACUUUGCCCUCUUCCCGCCCUACGGCAGCAGCGGGCAGCUGAACGGGGAGAAUCGGCUGUCUGGUUCCUUCGGCAGUGCCACGCUGGACGGCGUCUCGGACUACUACUCGCAGCUUGUCUACAAGCAGAGCAACCUCAGCAAUCCCCCCACGCCCCCGGCCUCGCUGCCCCCAACCCCACCCCCGGUGGCCCGGCAGAAGAUGGUGAACGGCUUCGCCACGGCCGAGGAGCUGGCCAGAAAAGCAGCGGGCAUGGUGCCCAAAACCCUGGGUCCAAAGCCUCUUUCCACCCCGUACCACCCUGAAGACGAUCUGCUGGCUCAGACGCUCGCCCAGGGGCCCAAGACUGUGGACGUGCCCGCCUCUCUACCCACCCCACCCCAUAACAACCAGGAGGAGCUCAGGUGGGCACCACAGACUUCCUGUAGGCUGCUGGGCAGCAGAAUGGGGCAGGAUCACUGUACGGACAGGGACACACCUGACAGCUUUGUGCCAUCCUCGUCUCCCGAGAGCGUGGUUGGCAUGGAGAUCAGCCGUUUCCCAGACCUGUCUCGAGUCAAGCUGGAGCCACCAUCACCUGCCACCUCACCUCUCCUACCCAUGCUGCCACCUGCCAGUGGGAAAGGUUCAGAAAUCAGGAAGUGGGAGGUGAAAACGGAACCUUCCGGAGCUUUCUUUGGCUCUCCCUUCGGCCUUCCAUCGGCGUGUUCCAAAAGUGACCUGGUGUCCAUCGCCAUCACCCUCAACUCGGCCGCAGCAGAGAAUGUUCCAGGGGUGGUGGCGGCCGUGGCCAACCUGCUGCGUGUGCCCAUCCCCAGCACCUACGAUGAGAGCCGCGUCCCCGAGAGGAGCUCGCUGGCCCUGCUAGCCGGGGUGAAGGUGCCCUCCACACAGGGCAUGCUCUUCAACCAGCAGCACCUCCACAGACCACCGGUGCCCACCACGGGCCCCCUGGGGAUGAUCCAGGGCCCCCCAGGGAUGAUCCAGGGGCCCCCGCAGGCCCUCGGACACCAACUCAGCGCUGGCUCAGCAGGGAGGCACGACUAUCAGAUGGGGAACUCCAGCGUGAGCCCUGGGCCCAAGCCCCAGUGGUGUUGCCACUGCAAGGUGGUGGUUCUGGGAAAUGGAGUCCGCAAGUCCACCAAAGACCUGCCCUGUGCCAAACUGGAGGGUCAGGUCAAGUCAGAGGGCACCCUGGUGUUCUGCAGUCACAGCUGCUUCCUGCUCUACUCCGCCGCCCUGCAGGCCAAGAUACCCAACAGCAAGGCGUGUGUGCCGAUGCAGUCAGAGGUCAUCUCUGUGGCGGGGAGCCCGUCGAAGGUGAUGCAUGCCUACAGCAACAACAUGUCCUCUCUGGACGUGCACUGCCUGGCUCAGCUCCAGCCCAAGCUGUCUCCGCCCUCCACCCCACCCCACCACUUCCCCUCCAUGUCUCCCACCGACAGCUCCUCCGUCUCAGCCGCCGGCGGCAAGCCCGAGGCCAAGUCCGACCCGGCGCUCAAGUUCACCGUCAAGCUGAAGCCGCGACCGCGGGCAGUCCACGGCGAGGACGGCGCCACCACUGCCACGCCCAGGGGUCACACGCCCGCCAAGCGCUGGAAGGGCCACCGCUGGCGCAAGUGGAGCGUGCACAUCCUGGUGGCGCGCGGCGUGCCGGCCGCGCCGGGCAGAGGAGGGAGGCCGGGGGAGAAGCCGCUGGCGGAGGGCCCCGGGGCGUCGUGGCUGCGCCCGGAGCCGAUGCCGCGCGACCACCGCCGCUGCUGCCUGUGCCACCAGCAGGGCGACGGCGAGACGGACGGACCCGCGCGGCUGCUCAACCUGAACCUGGACGCGUGGGUGCACCUGAACUGUGCGCUGUGGUCCAGCGAGGUCUACGAGACGCAGGCGGGCGCCCUCAUCAACGUGGAGCUGGCGCUGCGCCGAGGCCUGGCCCUGCGCUGCGCCCACUGCCAGCAGACCGGCGCCACCAGCGGCUGCCACCGCCUGCGCUGCGGCAACGCCUACCACUUCACCUGCGCCCUGCAGGCCCACUGCAUCUUCUUCAAGGACAAGACCAUGCUGUGCCACAUGCACCGGCCGCGCGGCACCGAGAGAGCGGUCGGUGGAGGCGGAGGCGGUGGUGUUGGCGGAGGAAUGGGCGGAGGUCUGGGGUUGGAGCAGGAGCUACGCUGCUUCGCCGUCUUCCGCCGCGUCUUCGUGCAGCGCGACGAGGUGCGCCAGCUGGCCAGCAUCGUGCGGCGCGGCGAGCGGAACAGCACCUUCCGCGUGGGCAGCCUGGUGUUCCACGCCGUGGGCCAGCUGCUGCCCGGCCAGAUGCCCGCCUUCCACGCCAGCGGCGCCAUCUUCCCCGUGGGCUACGAGGCCAGCCGCCUCUACUGGAGCAUGAGGCAGGCGCACCGGCGCUGCCGCUACGUCUGCUCCGUGGACGAGUGCGACGGCCUGCCCGAGUUCAGCAUCCGCGUGGUGGAGCAGGGAUACGAGGACCUGCUGCUCACUGGCACCUCGCCCAAAGGCGUAUGGGACCAGGUCCUGGAGCCCGUGGCAGAGCGGCGUAUGGAGACCACCAUGCUGAGGCUCUUCCCCGUCUACCUGAAGGGCGAGGACCUGUUCGGCCUCACCGUCUCCGCCAUUACGCGCAUCGUCGAGUCGCUUCCGGGGGUGGAGGCCUGUGAGCGCUACACCUUCCGCUACGGCCGUAACCCCCUUAUGGAGCUGCCGCUGGCCAUCAACCCCUCUGGCUGCGCUCGCUCCGAACCUAAGGCAUGCACUCAUGUCAAGAGGUUUGUGUUAAGACCUCACACCCUGACCAGUGGUAGCUCUAUUAAGACCCUGCAGAGCGGUCCGGCCCCUCUGGAGAUGGGCACCCCCUACAGCAAGCAGUUUGUCCACAGCAAGUCCUCCCAGUACCGCCGCAUGAAGGCCGAGUGGAAGAGCAACGUCUACCUGGCCCGCUCACGCAUCCAGGGCCUGGGCUUGUACGCGGCGCGGGACAUGGACAAGUACACCAUGGUGAUCGAGUACAUCGGCACCAUCAUCCGCAACGAGGUGGCCAACCGCAAGGAGAAGAUGUAUGAGGAUCAGAACCGCGGUGUCUACAUGUUCCGCAUCGACAGCGAGCACGUCAUUGAUGCCACCAUCACAGGAGGGCCGGCCAGAUACAUCAACCACUCCUGUGCACCGAACUGCAUCGCAGAGGUCGUGACCCUGGAGCGAGGCACCAAGAUCAUCAUCAGCUCCAACCGCCGAAUCCAGCGUGGAGAGGAGCUGUGUUACGACUACAAGUUUGACCUGGAGGACGACCAGCACAAGAUCCCCUGUCACUGUGGAGCCGUCAACUGCCGCAAGUGGAUGAACUAAACGCCAUCAUGGGGGGGGGGCAGAGGGGGGGUCCCUUCAACACACAUGCAUUCCUACUUGUUGUUUUGUAUCAGUUUGUUUCUUAUUAUCACUGUUAUUGUUUCUCCCUCGACCCUUUACUGAGAAGGGAGCAUUGUGUGACAUCACGUCCUACAAGACUAUCAGGGCAAGAGACUGACCGCAGAACUGUACAAGAAGGAUGGGACACAGGGGACAUGGUGGGCACAGGGGGGGGGGGGGGGGGGUCGAAGGUUAUUUGGCGAACAUCAAAAACAUUCUAAGGCACAAAGACAAUUCUCUGUUCUAGGGGGAGAGGGUUAGAGGGGGCCAAUUCAGGUCUGUUCACAAACACAAACUGGGCCAGAGCACUGGUAGAUGGAAACAAAGUGACCCCUGAGGAGGAGAAGGAGGCGGUGCUG